GCCGGCCCAAGAUGGCGGCGGCGCUGGAGAGCCCGGCCAGCCGCUAACGACAAUAGAGGGAGGCGAAGGGGAGCGGGCGGCCCCCCCCCUGCCCCAGCAGCGGCCCCCCCCGGCCCGCACUCUCCGAGCGGCUUCUCUAGCAUGGUGCGGGGCCGCCGCCGCCUCCUCCCGCUGCCGACAUGGGCGAGAGGCUGGAGCUCAGGCUGAAGUCGCCCGUGGGAGCCGAGCCGGCCGUUUACCCCUGGCCGCUGCCCGUCUAUGACAAACACCAUGAUGCUGCUCAUGAAAUCAUUGAGACAAUUCGGUGGGUCUGUGAAGAAAUCCCAGAUCUCAAGCUUGCCAUGGAAAAUUAUGUUUUAAUUGACUAUGAUACAAAAAGCUUUGAAAGCAUGCAGAGGCUUUGUGACAAAUACAACCGUGCCAUUGAUAGCAUUCAUCAGUUGUGGAAAGGAACCACCCAGCCCAUGAAACUGAACACUCGUCCCUCCAAUGGGCUCCUCCGUCACAUCUUGCAGCAAGUAUAUAACCACUCGGUGACUGACCCAGAGAAACUCAACAACUAUGAGCCCUUUUCCCCAGAGGUGUAUGGAGAGACUUCCUUUGAUUUAGUGGCCCAAAUGAUUGAUGAGAUUAAAAUGACUGAGGAUGACUUGUUUGUUGACUUGGGCAGUGGUGUGGGUCAGGUGGUGCUUCAAGUUGCUGCUGCCACAAACUGCAAACAUCACUAUGGUGUGGAGAAAGCUGAUAUUCCGGCCAAAUAUGCUGAGACGAUGGACAGAGAGUUCAGAAAGUGGAUGAAAUGGUAUGGGAAAAAACAUGCAGAAUACACACUGGAAAGAGGUGACUUCCUCUCAGAAGAAUGGAAAGAAAGAAUUGCAAACACAAGUGUUAUUUUUGUGAAUAAUUUUGCCUUUGGUCCUGAGGUGGAUCACCAACUGAAGGAGCGAUUUGCAAACAUGAAGGAAGGUGGCAGAAUCGUGUCCUCAAAGCCUUUUGCACCUCUAAACUUUAGAAUAAACAGUCGAAACUUGAGUGAUAUUGGCACUAUAAUGAGAGUUGUGGAGUUGUCCCCACUGAAAGGGUCGGUUUCAUGGACCGGGAAACCAGUUUCUUACUACCUGCAUACUAUUGAUCGCACCAUACUUGAAAACUAUUUUUCUAGUCUCAAAAAUCCAAAACUCAGGGAGGAACAAGAGGCAGCUAGACGUCGUCAGCAAAGAGAAAACAAGAGCAACACAACUACUCCAACGAAGGUGCGAGAAAACAAGGAUUCUGGUGCUGAAGAAGAAAAAGUUGGGACAAAUGCAGUUAAAAAGACAUCCCCCUCCAAAGCACGCAAGAAGAAGCUGAGUAAGAAAGGAAGGAAAAUGGCCGGGCGGAAGCGAGGGCGUCCCAAGAAAAUGAACACUGCAAAUACAGAGCGCAAGACCAAGAAGAACCAAACUGCACUAGAGCUUCUGCAUGCUCAAACUGUGUCUCAGACACCCUCAUCCUCUCCUCAGGAUGCAUACAAGUCACCUCAUAGUCCAUAUUACCAACUACCUCCUAAAGUGCAACGGCAUUCAUCUAACCAACUGUUGGUGACUCCUACCCCACCUGCACUACAGAAGCUGCUAGACUCUUUUAAGAUCCAAUACAUGCAGUUCAUGGCGUACAUGAAAACUCCUCAGUACAAAGCAAACCUGCAACAGUUACUGGAGCAGGAAAAGGAAAAGAAUGCUCAGUUGCUGGGGACAGCACAACAGUUAUUCACCCACUGCCAGGCACAGAAAGAGGAAAUUAAACGUCUCUUUCAACAGAAACUCGAUGAGUUGGGAGUUAAAGCUCUGACAUAUAAUGACCUGAUUCAGGCUCAGAAGGAGAUCUCCGCUCACAACCAGCAGCUGAAGGAACAGACAAAGCAGCUGGAGAAAGAUAACAGUGAACUCAGGAACCAGAGCUUGCAGCUGCUUAAAGCACGAUGCGAAGAACUGAAGUUGGAUUGGUCAACGCUGUCGUUGGAGAGCUUACUGAAGGAAAAGCAGGCACUGAAGAAUCAGAUUUCUGAGAAACAAAAGCACUGUUUGGAAUUGCAGAUCAGCAUUGUGGAGCUUGAGAAAAGUCAAAGGCAGCAGGAGCUCAUGCAGCUGAAAUCGUAUAUGCCUCCUGAUGAGUCUCUGUCGGUACAACUACGCAAUAAAAACCGUUUAAGCCGUGAGCCCGAGGCUGAUCACGGCAGAUUCCAACUUGAGCUUGAGUGCUCUAAAUUUCCUAUGCCCCACAUCAAUGGCAUGAGCCCUGAACUGUCCAUGAAUGGCCAUGCUACUCCCUAUGAAAUCCAUAAUGCUCUUAGCAGGCCCUCUUCCAAGCAGAACACCCCUCAAUACAUGACCUCUCACCUGGACCAAGAAAUAAUUCCUUGCACCCCAAACCACAGCAACAGACAGAAGGUGGACAAGACAGCAAGCUUGUCCUUACCUGAUUACACCAGGUUUUCCCCAGCUAAGAUAGCCCUAAGGAGACACUUGAAUCAGGACCAUGCAGUCAAUGGAAAAGCAACAACUAAUGAGAUACACCAGAGAGCUGACCAUGUAAAAGAGAACGGCCUUACAUAUCCAAGCCCUGGCAUUUCAAAUGGCAUAAAGCUGAGUCCUCAGGAAACUCGGCCCUCUUCCCCAGCGGCCUUACCGAUUGCAGGCGAGAAGGUUUUGCGAGAGAGGACUUCUGCGAGUAAUGGAGAAACUAUCACCAGCCUACCUAUCAGUAUUCCUCUCAGCACGGUGCAGCCCAAUAAACUCCCUGUUAGUAUCCCUCUGGCCAGCGUAGUCCUACCUAGCCGUGUUGAGAAGGUGAGAAGCACACCUAGUCCAGUUCAUCAGAAUCGAGACUCGUCGUCAACACUUGAAAAACAGUAUGGUGCUAGUUCUCAUAAUGGCAUAAGCAAUGCUGCUGGAAAUAAGCCACUGGCUUUGGCUACCUCAGGUUUUUCAUAUUCUUCUGGCUCCAUGGCAGUUAAUGGAACUCUUUCAAACAGCCCCGCCCACCUUAACCAUAGUGUUGAUCAAGCAGCUGCGGACGACUCUGGGAGUUUGUUUAACUCGGUAGGGUCUCGAAGCUCCACUCCACAAUACCCUUCUUUGCUAAUGAUGCAGUCACGGAACUCUGGGCAGAACUCCCCGGCUCACCAGCACUCAGCAAGCCCCAAGUUAAAUGGUGCCUCCCAGAGCAUGGUAGGGGUACUGCAGUACGUGGAUGCUCAGAAGAUGUUUGCCGAAGGAACAAAGGGGGAACUUCAGCCUGAUGCCGCCUUUUCCGAUCCUGAGAAUGAGGCCAAGAGAAGAAUCAUCUUCACAAUCUCUCCUGGUACAGGAAGUAUAAAACAGUCUCCGUCUAACAAGCACAGUCCCCUGACAGCAAGCAUUCGGAUGGACUGUGGCCAAGCAUACAUGCAGGAUGGGAAGAAACGAGGGCGAAGGAAGAGAUCCUCCACAGGGAAUCUAAACAUGAACUCCGGGGUGUCCCCUAAACGUAAAUCCUUACCAACUGUGGCUGGACUCUUCACUCAGCCUUCAGGCUCACCACUUAAUAUAAACUCAAUGGUCAAUAACAUUAAUCAGCCUUUAGAAAUAACAGCCAUUUCCUCCCCUGAAAACUCCCUGAAGAACUCUCCUGUUCCCUACCAGGACAAUGACCAGCCUCCAGUGCUGAAGAAAGAGAAGCCCCUGAUUCAGACCAACGGUGUUCAUUACUCGCCACUGACUUCGGAUGAAGAACAGGGAUCGGAAGAUGAGCACAAUAGCACCAGAAUUGAGAGGAAAAUUGCAACGAUAUCAUUGGAAAGCAAAUCUCCACAGAAGACUAUUGAAAAUGGUGGCAGUUUAGCUGGGAGGAGACAAGCACAAACCAGUGAGAACAUGAAUAGCAGUAAAUGGAAGUCUACCUUUUCACCAAUUUCUGACAUCAACCUGACCAAAACUACCGAUAGCCCAUUGCAGGCUGUUUCAUCUCUGAGCCAGAAUUCCCUGUUUGCCUUUAGGCCGUCCUCUGAGGAUGGCAUGGCCAUCGAUGCCAAAAUUGCAGCACACACACGGAAAAACAUCACCAUGUCCUCCUCUGGGACGGACGGACUCAGCCCCAAUACAAACUCCACUAAUGGAUCCAUGUAUAACGGUGGACUGACCACAGACAUCGGUUUACACAGCUUUAUUGAUGGUGCUUCUCUUCCUCAUAAGACUUCAGAUGUGACAACCCUCAACUCCUCUCUGGGUUUUCAGUCACAGAGGAGCAAAGAUGUGGGGAUUUUGGAGACAAACCCCUUUUUGAACAAGAGGCAGCUUGAAGGCCUAGGCAGCAUGAAAGGAGAAGACUUAAACCGGUCAGGGGUCAAAAGUAAAGAGAUCAGUGAAUUAACCAUUCGUCCAGGGGCGGCUUCUGAAAAAAGUUCCUUGCAGCACAAUGGCAAGGUCGGCAAAGGACGGGACCGAGAUUUGGAGUUUAAAAACGGCCACAACCUUUUCAUUUCUGCUGCUGCUGUAUCUUCUGGUGGCCUUCUCAAUGGCAAAAGCCUUUCCACUGGUGUCUCAUCUGCAGGCAACCCAGCACCUUCUGUUCAGACGCAUCAUCCUUUCUUAAACACAUUGACCACUGGAUCGCAGUUCCCCCUGGGCCCCAUGGCUUUGCAGGCAAACCUCAACUCGGUCACAAACGCCUCAGUAUUGCAGUCCUUAUUUAAUUCCAUGCCAGCUGCUGCCAGCCUGGUCCACGUGUCAUCAGCUGCAACCAGACUGACUAACUCUCAUGCUAUGGGGAACUUCUCUUCUGGGGUUACAGGUGGAACAGUUGGAGGUUACCCGUGUGGCGUAGAAUCAAAAGUUCUGCUUUCUCUUGGGUCUGGCCAUUGUUCCCCACGGCAUACGCAGGCUGGCAGUCGGAAGGUAAUUAGGAUUUCUACCUCAACCCAAUGUGACCUAUGCAAGGACAACGUGGACCAACUUCACUCAGCUUCCACUGAAAGGUGCUCGCCUGGCCUGGCAGGGGUUUCUACUCUCUUACUACUGGACAAAGUAAACAAACAAACAAAAGACCUAAAUAACAGAGAAAAGAAUAUUCUACUGUGAAUCGGAGUUGAAAAAAAACUGCAAAGGAAAAUGCUUAAAAAAAAAAAAAAGCUCCAGUUUGUAUUGUCGAUAGUUUAGAUAAAGUAUUUAUCUUUUUUUAAAAAUGAAAACAAUUUUGGCUUAUUUUAUUCCAUCUAAAGUCAUAAAAAACUGCAACUCAUUGAAACCAUUCUCUGAAUAAUAAAGGACUGGCACACCAGCAGAGAUGUAAAGAGCCUCCUCUCGGUGCUAUUUCAUCCGUCAGAACUGUGCCUCUCUAGUUCAAAUCCUUGGUGCUGAAUUUGAGGGUUGACCAAUGCCAAACCCAGUUCUCAGACAGGUCUGCUUUUAUUUAUUCAACUCACUCUGUUCAUAUACCAAAGUCCAUUGAUUUACAGCAAAGCAGGAGCUACAGAGAAUGGCAGUCUUUAGUUUUGGGUGGUUUUCUUUUUCUUUUUAACAGAGCUCAUGGCUCAGUUAUCAGGCAUUUAAUAUUGUCUAUUACAAACCAGAAUGCAAUACUCCCCUCUGGAAUGGCAGCUAGAUUACCUGAUCUGACCUGUGCAAACUCAGCUGGUUCAGACACUUUGAACAGAAGAAGCAUAACUUAAGUCUAGUCCUGUUAGACUACUUCACUGGGCCCAUUAAAACCUCUGGUGGUGCUCCAGUCACUGUGAAUUUCAGUAGCUAGACUGUUAACUUGUUUUGGGGGGUCAUUUGGCAUAUGAACAGGGUGCAUAAUCACUGGUGUUGGUCAGGCCCUUUUUAACAAUAUUGGGAAGAUUGAAAACCGAGCUUCUAUGCUGGGGCAGAUAGCAGCAGAUUUUCUCCGCUUGUUGUUUUUGUUGAAGUACAAUGUAUUUUGUUAGUAAGGUUUUGAUACUUGAUUCCGAAAUGGCUCAGCCGUGUACAUUUUAUUGACUUCUAAGUGCAUUUGCUUUUGUAUUUCUUUGCUUUGAAUAGGUUUAAAUGGUAGUUCACAAAAACACCACAAUCUAGCUUAACUUGCUGCCACACUAUCAAACUGGUGCAUUUUGAAUUGUAUUGUGACUUGGUGUUCUGUGUACAGAAAAGUGUCGCUCCGAGCAGUGACCGUAUUUUAUAGACGUGAUGAAAAUUUAUAAAUUUCAUAAACUUUAUUCAGUUUAUUUUUUAGGUUGUGUGAUGCACAGUAAACUUGUAAAAAGAGGUUUUUAUUUAUUCAAGUGCACAAAAUGGGGAGGAGGAUCCAUUACUUCAUAAACUUCGAUCUGCAGCAUAGACUGGACCAAGCGCCAGUAAAGGAAACCACAAUAACAGAAGGGGGAUCGCGACAGCAAAGUGACUAGAUUCAGAGCACACCGGUGCUAAAGUGAACCUUUUGGCCGAAGUUCUGUCUGGGGAGAUACGGUCGUAUUGCAUCGGAGGCACUUGGUAUCCUUCAGUCCAUUCCAGCCAGGUUCAUAGCUCUCUAAUUACAGUCUCUAACCUCCAGCAAGCAGCCAUUCACUAGAGUUGAGCUCUCCCUUACCAACUCCCUAGUGCGGUUUCCCUUUGUCACAAACUGCUGGGCUUCGUGAAUCAGCUGCCUAAUUGCACUCGGAGCAGGCCAAAUAUCUCGUCACACUCUUGUGCUGUGCUUCCAUGGCUGGUUUGAUCUGUGUCUCCAUGAGUACUAUGCUGGUUCUUGUGUCCAAUGGAGCUGGUGGACAUGUUCUCCUACUUUCCUAUUCUCGCUAGCUCCUUCCUCUCCCCAUGGGAGUGAAUUUGUCCUGGAAAGGUGCAGUGUCCUGAUUAACAAUGCCCACCUUCAAUGUAUUUCAAAUUGGCCGCUUCCCUCUAGACCAUGUAGUGGGCAGUGGCAUAGAAGUUGACCAGCUCAGUUACCCUAUCCGCUCCUGAGUGUCUCGGCCUCUCCAAAAGGUGCCCCCCGGGUGCAGAAACUAUUAAUGUAACUUUGCCUUAUUAUUGAUCACUAAAAGAGACUGAUCCUUAUUCCUCAUCUCCAGGAAUAUUUGUAAUCAUUUUCUGGUUUGCGCAUGGGAGCGGAGAGUGAGGAAGUGAUACAUCCAGCUGGAUUCCUAGCAGCAGGGAGAGAACCUAGCGAAAGCAAAGUAAUGCUCAGGGAGUGGCCACUGAGAGACCUCCAGUAGCUUCUAGUGGAAGCCAUAAACAGUUAUGUCCUGGAAUCCAGGAAAACACGUAACCGUUAUUGUUCAGCUGUGAAUUGGGCAACUCCAGCCUGAUCCAGAUCUUUGGGUAACUGAAAGGUGCAGGGCCUUCUCAGCAGUUUUAAUCCCAAUUAAAGGCAACAAAAUUCAAACUCAGGUCCUUGGAAGAUUAAAGAAAAAGUAGGUAGUGAAAUAGUGUGAACAACUGCUCAAGGGCCCUAGCUUUGCCCCUCUAUAUGCCUCAGUUAUGCCGAUCGAGGCUCGUCAACAUCCCUGAUUUAAGAGCUGGGCGGGAAAUGCAUGAUAUCACUUGAGCCAGUCUGCUUUCACCAGAUAACCAAUUCCAUCCUGGCCAGGUGCAAUGGGGGCAAGACCUAGCCAUUAUCCUCUUCAGCCCUGUUGUUCUGCUAAAGGGUUUAAUGAGAACCUUUGUUGUAUUGUGAGUUUCAAACAUGCUUCUGAGGGCAGUUAUACCUGCAGGGAUUCCAGAACUUCUCUGUCUUUGUUAGCUUCUGCCUUUAAAUUUGACUGUUGCAGCCUUCUGUGUUCUGUGCACAUUGCUUGCUUGCGGAUUUUGUCUUCCCAGUAAUCUCAGCUGAGUUGGACUUCUGCGUAAGAGUCAGGCAGGGCAGGGAAAUGGGGCAGGUAAGGCUAUGGAAUUCUGGUGCUUCUCACCAAAAGGCCCCUUUUUCUCUCUGUUGCAGCCUGGGAAUUUCCACUUUUCCAUGGAGAAAUUGGGAAAUAGAUUCUUAAAGUUUUGGGGAGUCACAUGAUGCACUGGGGUCAGGCAAGAGACCUGGGUCUUACUCCCAGCUCUUUCCCUUACUCACUGUAAUCUUGGGCAAGUUGGUUCAGCAUCUCCAUCUGUUUCCCCAUCAGUAAAACCGGGAGGAUACUUGCCUUGCUUCAUAAAGUGCUUUGAGAUCUCUGGGUGAAAAGCUCCAUGUAAGUGUGAAGCAUUAAUAAAGCUCUAAUCUGCAUGGCUGGAAAUUUGGAUAUUUGUGACCUUAGCAAGAAAGCUCAGUGCCAGAGGUGUGAGACUUGUUCUCAGUAACCUGAGGUGGUACUUUAUUUAUUUAAUAUUAUUUAAGCCACAAUGUGAAGUGCAGGAAAGGAAUUCUUUCUGGUUUACACUUUCCUACGCCCGGCCCAGUCAUUCUACUACUGUCACAAAUGUUCCUUCUCAUCUGCAUUGCUGCUGCUGGCAAGGGGACUCAUAAUGAAGCUAAAAUGCAUUUUGUAGCAUCUGCCAAAAAAUUGAACUUCCCGAGUGUGUUGAGCUGAGCCUGUGUGGCCCUUUGUGAAAAAGCGAGGUGGGGGUAGAUGUUUGCAGAUGCAGAGACAAGUUGUUACACACCACCAAAAAAGGGAAGAGUGCAUCUGCUCCAGUUGUCUGGUUUGCCUUUCCCAGCCCCCAGACAACCUCUUGGAGUGUCAGAAAGUUGGGAGAGCUCCCAAGGCAUUCAACUUAAAUUUGCUGUUUUCUGUGGAUUAGUCAUUCAGUAAGAAUUCUGAUACGGGACAGUGGUGGUUGAGGAAUCCUGAAAAUAGGCCGCUUUGCUUUGUGUACGUGAGGGCUGCAUUGGAGUGCGACUGGAGACCUGGCGGUUGUUGACAUGGUUGACCUCUGUCAAAUCAGUUUCUGCCUCUAUUUCCUCAUCUCGAAAAUGGGGAUAAUGGCACUUGGCUACUUUUUGUAAAGUGCAUUGAUCUUCCUGGGGAGGGUCAUAAAUGCUAGAUCUUAAAUCUCAUCACUCAUUUAAGUGCAGGUUGUGGGAGUGAUGGUUUCCCCAAGUACUUGGGGAAACUACUGGGCAGCAGAUGGGGGGGGGGGGGGGGGGGGGGGAGAAAGUGGGUUUAAAGUGGACUUGGUUAAGGGUUUGCAUGGAGGAUCCCAUAGCCUUCCAUUUAAAAAAAAAUACUGAGACAAUGAUACGUGCAGCUCUCUUUAAAGCUUCCCAUAUGUGUGAACAUCGGAGGGUGCCCUUUCUCCUUGACAGAGGUGUUCCUGUCUGCAGGGCCACUCCCCUGCUUGAUUCCUCCCAGUUUGUUUAUACUCUGGACUGUCAGCUCAUUGGAAGGCAGGUGAAGCAGGAAUUAAAGCCAUCCCUCUUAGAACUGCACGCUAAAAGAAUUCAAACGUAGGUGAACUAUUGUGGUAGCUGGUUGUAGAUCAGGACCCCUUAUGAUCGGUGGGCUGAGAGAGAGAGAGAGCGCUCCUCCCCCAAAGCACAAUCCAAGUAUGAGAUGGCAGGUGGCUAUAACAGGCGGGAGCACAAGGAGACAAUGAGACUUUCCGGUUGUCUCAAUUGUUAUUGCUCCUUUACUGUGGGGAUAAAGAUCCCUUAGAACAAGGGGUAUUCACUCUGUUGGUAAUUGGCUUUGUGAGCAGGCUCAGCAGAGAGGCCAAGAAUUGGAGUGGGCCACGUAGGCUGAAUUCCCCUCUAUGCCGGUUGUGCAGGUAGGUGCGUUGACUGGGGGUGGGGGGAAUCUUGUCCAAUGGCUGCUUUUGCUGUCACUCAAGGUGUGCUUUAUGCUUGCUGCUUGCUCCUGAAGUGAUUGUGCGCAUCACUGGCCUGUGGCUAGACAAGAGCUUUAAAGCUCCAGUCCAUGCCAUCCUGUCACACUUUCCCACCCCCAAAAUCACAGGGCUUUAUUUUUAAAUUGGCCCCGUUAUUAAGGUGCCAGAGCUGUUUUAAUCUACUCCUGUUUGCUGCAGAGCAGUGAGUGGCUCUGAACUCAUCAUUUGGGUAUUGGAGAAGGUCUGCUGAAUUAACAGAUUUCAGGCCCGUUGUUCGAGGAGUGAAAACAAGCAAUUACAUGACACCUUUCCUCUAAAGAGUCCAGAGUUCAAGCAGUUGCUUCAAAUUUGCUUGGCUGUUCUUAGGCUGAUCAAUUAAGCUACAUCUCGGGCCAUGCAAACCUUUUGCUGGGUGUAGCUUGCAGUAGCCCAUGUACCUUAUCCUGCUGAUGGAUGGAUGGAUGGAUUUCCUCUCAUUUCUUCGGAGGGGUGUCGCUUGAAUACUGCAAUACUAUUUUUAAUCUCUUGGCUGUGAAAGUUUUUGUGUCUUCAUCUAGGAUGAAGAAAUUUUGCUUAUGGGGAAAAUGAUCGAGUGUAAUGUGCCUCAGAAGAUAGAUUUUUAAGCACAGAAAUGGAGCUAAAAAUGAAUGGAGGGCAGGGAAAAGAAUGUCAUUUACAUCCAACCCUCCCUCCCUCAUUCCCCUUUAUAUUGGAGCUGAUAAAAUGAUGACAAAAAAUGGAGGGUAGAAGGAGAGGUAGAGGCGAAAUGGAGGCAAGUUUUAUUCCUAUCUUGGGUGAUUCAAGCCUUUUAUUGAUAGCUGGGUUUAGUUAAAGAAAGAUCCUUGUAGGGGAAAUCUUUAAUCCCUCCCUUCCCCACCUUCCCUUUCUGGAGAAACUGACAAUAGCGCUAGUUAAAUAGGUGAUAGGGUGGGACACAGGCAACUGUUAGACUUUCACCUCUGGAGACCCGGGUUCAAAUCCUGCUUGGAUUGUGCAUUGAAGUAAAUUGGGUUUCAAUACUGUUUGUUCCCAGAAUCCUGCCGUUCUGCUGAGAGUCCUAGGACCGGGAUAGCUGGAGUGUCAGGGCAGGGAUCUGCAUUAACCACGCUGCAUCAGGGACAAUUUGCAAUGCCUGCCAUAUGCUGCUGUGUCUACUUAGGUCUCGCUAAUGUGAGCGGUCAGUUGUGGGAACACAGUUGCUUCCAAUUGUUUUCUUAAAGUCCAACACACGCUUCCCUUCUGGCAAAGUUCAUUCGUGGAGCCCAGUUCUUUGUGACGUCUAGGGAGACUCAGACGAUUUCCAAGGGUGUUUGUAAGAUGAAUUCAGGGUCCAAUCUCUCUCUCUGGAGUCAGCCAGGCAAAUUUUAACAUUGACUUUAAUGAGAGCAGGAUUGCUCCCUGUGGUGUAGCUGGAGGGAUGGAUGAAGUAACUUCAGCACUAAGUGUGUGGUGUUUUUCUGUUAUGUCCCAGUCCUGCAAACACGGACUCCUCUACCAGGAGUAUCUCACUGGUAGUAAAUGCUAUGCCCCCAACGAAGUGUUGGCAGGAUCAGACUCUUAAACUGCUAGUGUCUCAUCACUCUUGUAUAGAGAGAGAGAGAGAUACAAUACACACACACACCAGGCUGCACCCCACCUUUCCCAUGGUUGCUGGAAUGGUGGAGGGAGAUGUCAAGAGCUGGGACUUGCUGCAGUCUCUCAUAAGCUGCUGUUUGAGGGACACAUUUUCCCCCACACUGAUUAGACUUCAGGCCUACAAUAGAAGCCACCCUCCACCCAUUCUGAAGAUGGUGCUAUUUUCCUCCCCAGUGACUAUCAAUACACUUGACAGUUUUCUUCACUGACCGGGGAGUAGCCUUAUCCAUUAGUCUAACCAGGAUUGCUAAAUAACUUCAGUCACAGGUGCUGUUCCCUGAAGAGCUGUAAUUCGCUUUCUAACUCUGUGAGGGCUCCGUUAGGAAUGUAUUGACCACAUAUAGUCCGUUUGCUUUCGGUAUUGAAAGCAAACCUUUUGUAUACCAGAGCUUGGAAGCAUGAAAACUUUGACACCCUUUUUCUUUAGAGAGUUUUCUCCUAAUUAAUACUCUUAGGUGGUUGCUGUUAAUAGUUCUGCUUCUCUUGUUUUGCCUGAGCCAAAAGCAUUAAGAGCACUGGUAGCUUGGAACGAUUAUUGCUUUCUAAUAAGAAAUGGGAACUGUACGGUGGACAGUAAAACAUUAAUCUAUUUAAAUCACAGUUUGGGGAGAAAUUAGUAAGUGUUUUUGUGAACUAUCUCUGCAGCACUGAGGAAAAUCACUGUAGAUGAGGUUUUUUAAAUACAAAUUUAGACAGUGUAAAAGUAUCUUAUUUUUUUUAAUUCAAAUGCCCUUCCCCAUUCCCCUGAACAAUUCCAUAGAUGACCCUUGUUUUUCACGAAUGAGUUGGACGCACCUUUUUCAUUAAAUUUUGUGCCAUAUUUUAUUUAUCCUUUAUGCGUUAUAAAUAUCUAUCUACUUAGACUGAAUAUUGCAAUACCAGAUGCUGUUGUUGUGGAACAGGGCAUAAACCCAAUACUAAAACUGAAAAUAUCCCUCCAGUAUAUUUAGCGCUUGUGACUGUCAGUCUUUUUAGUCUUCAUGCUUUGCUUUCAAUAUUAAAGAUGAGCUAACCACUUCCUAAAGGUUUGAAGAUGUUAAUGCUGAAGUGCUCUCAAGUUCGACCCUGUGAUUCUAAGGUACAUCUGGUUGCUUUUCUGGUGCAGUGGAAUUGUCCUUUGGAAAGGUGAUUUUUCUGGCAUUGUUAAAUCCAGCCUGCUUGGCUCCACCCUCCUGCCCCCUACUAUAAAUUCUUGAAGUGGUCAGUUUUAAAUUAAAAACCAAUUCUUUAGGUCUCUGGUCUUUGUAAGAAAGCGUUUUAGGAGUGGGGGGUCUGCCCUUGCUGGGUGGGACUGGACAGAGGAAUGCAAAUGAAGUUGCUGUUGCUCAGGAAUUGAUUAGUAAAACUUUUAACUACUAAUAAAAAUUAAUUUUUCAAUGGAUUUAAAACAAAAAAUACCCAUUUUCUUGCUUAGAACAUGUGAUAUGGGAUGUUUCCUAGUGAAUAGGAAUUAGUUUAUACAUUUUAGCCUAUGAAAUUGAAUUAUUUAAAAUUCAAACCUCCCCUAAUUUAUCUUUAUUUGGUUUUUUUUUUUUUAUACUGGUAUGUUGCCCUGUCAUUCUUCCAUAGAACUAGUGUGAAUUCUUCUGGUGUGUAUAUAUGUAUGUAAUAUUAUAUAUAUAUUAUAUUAUAUAUAUAUUUUCCACCCACCCUAAUUUUCCACAAUGCAAGAGUUAGUUUUUUUUUCUCCCCUCCCUUCCACUUUAAUUUCUUGUCUUUUACCUUGAUUUGUAAUUGAAACAAUGCUUUGAAGUUUUGUCUUUAUAUUAAAAUGUAUGUAUUUUAAUA